GAAUGAUUGGUAGGAGUGGAAGAGUGCAAGUGAAAACGACCGCUUAUUAGUAUUGUCGAUGCUGCUCGCUCGAUUAGGCGCAUCUAUACUACGCUCUUUCCGUCAUUUUGUUUUGCCGGAUAAAACUUUUCUCUUUCUCUCUCUUCAAUUGAAGAAGAAGAAGAACAACAAGAACACCAAGAUUCGCAGAAAACACAACACACUGUGAGAGAAGCAAAUCUCUAAAUUUUUCACUUCAUAUAUCACUGGUGUUUGCCUGUUUAUGACAAAUACCUGAGCCGAUCAUGUCAGAAGGUGCAGAGAUUGACGAGCGUGUUGACCUUGAUGAGGAAAACUACAUGGAAGAAAUGGAUGAUGAUGUUGAGGAACAGAUAGAUGAUGAUGGAGUUGAUGGAGGCGAAGAUGAUAAUGCUGAAGGUAGUGUCGAAGAACAUGAAUAUGAAGAGUCAGCAGCGGCAGAGGCUGGUCGGAAAGACCAAUUUCUCGAUGCUGAAAAAAGUGACCUUGCCACGGAAGAAGAUGAGCAAAAACCAUCUCUCAUUGAUGAAGAAGAGAAAGAGAAGCAUGAUGAACUUCUUGCUCUUCCUCCUCAUGGUUCUGAAGUCUUUAUUGGUGGACUUCCUCGUGAUACGUGUGAAGAUGACUUAAGGGAACUGUGUGAGCCAAUGGGGGAUAUUGUUGAGGUUCGGUUAAUGAAAGACAGGGACACCGGAGAAAGCAAGGGUUAUGCUUUUGUGGCGUUUAAAACAAAAGAGGUGGCACAGAAGGCCAUCGAUGAUUUACAUAGCAAGGAAUUUAAGGGUAAAACUUUGAGGUGUUCGCUGUCUGAAACCAAACACAGAUUAUUCAUUGGUAAUGUUCCAAAGACAUGGUCAGAGGAUGAGUUUAGGAAAGUUGUUGAGGGUGUUGGUCCUGGAGUUGAAAGCAUUGAGCUCAUAAAGGACCCUCAAAAUCCAAGCAGAAAUCGUGGGUUUGCUUUUGUUUUGUAUUACAACAAUGCAUGUGCUGAUUAUUCACGGCAAAAGAUGUCAAGUUCGAGUUUCAAGCUUGAUGGAAAUACACCAACUGUCACCUGGGCAGAUCCAAAGGCCACACCUGACCAUUCUGCUGCCUCUUCACAGGUGAAAGCUCUAUAUGUGAAAAACAUACCUGAGAAUGUUACUACUGACCAACUAAAAGAUCUAUUUCGCCGUCAUGGGGAAGUAACAAAAGUGGUCAUGCCACCCGGCAAAGUUGGAGGGAAACGUGAUUUUGGUUUCAUUCAUUAUGCAGAGAGGUCAAGUGCAUUGAAAGCUGUAAAAGAGACAGAGAAAUAUGAAAUUGACGGCCAAGCUCUUGAAGUUGUUCUUGCCAAGCCUCAAGCUGAAAAAAAACCUGAUGGUGGCUAUGCCUACAAUCCUGGUCUCCACCCUAACCAUCUUUCACAUCCUGGUUAUGGUAACUUUUCUGGAAAUCUUUAUGGCUCUGUAGGGGCUGGGUAUGGUGUUGCUGCUGGUUAUCAACAGCCAAUGAUAUACGGUAGGGGUCCAAUGCCGGCAGGAAUGCAGAUGGUUCCAAUGGUUUUACCAGAUGGUCGAAUUGGCUAUGUCCUUCAACAACCUGGUGUACAGGUGCCAGCUACCCGGCCUCGCAGAAAUGACAGGGGCAAUGGUCCCAGCGGUCAGCCGGGGCGUGGAGGAGGCAGUGGUAAUGACGACGGAAAUCGUAAUAGAAGGUAUCGACCGUAUUAGUGGUAGAAGGCAGAUAAAUGCAAUGUUGCUCAUGCCACCUGGUUGCCUCUUCUUGGUGGUGAGGGGGCCUUGGCAAUGUGAUGCUUUGACAGAAAAUCCUUUCUCAAUCUUGAACCCAUAAAAGUGGAAAAAGAAAAAAUAUAAAGAAAAAGUUAAGUUAGGAUUAGGACCAGUGAUAUUUUAUUACGUUAAUGUUGGUAUCUACUGCUGUUAGAUGAUUCACAGCUGAGUAAUGGCCCAAGUUUAUCUGCUUGUAAUGCUUCUUGGCAGUUUUUAUUGACUACCAGUAGAAAAUUAUGUUAAUUUGGUUUCAGCAACUCUACCAUGUUUUUGUCACUCAUUUUUCAUGCACUACCCAAUGUCUCUUAAAUGUUUGUUGUAGGCUUGUAUAAACCUUUAAACAUUUUGUGAUCAAAUAGAUCAGUAAUGCUGAUGCCACUUUAUUUGUAUUCAGAAUCAGAAACUCAAGGUUUUGUUAUUUUCGAUUGAGCAAA